UUUGCGCGAAAGUGAACGCAAUGAAGAGGAACGAAACGGUUCUGAUCGUCCUAGCGAUUCUCGUGGUUGCUGCCAAUGGACGAGUUUAUUACUUGCCGACUUUGGAUGAGAAUCGAUAUUCAGGCUUAACUUAUCCCAUUCCGAACGAACAAUCUUCGCGAGAUUUGGAUCUCAGCUUUUCUGCCGGGGACGACGAGGUUGAUAACAAGAUACGCCCUGUUAAAAGAGUGUACACAGUCAUGGCGCCGGAAAAGCCGUUCGUCGAGGUGAACAAAGAGGAGUUACCAAUCACGCGCUACAAAUUAGUCGAAGCACCUGUUAAGGGAUUGGACAAUGUCAUCGUUGUACCAGAGUCGAGCCGCAAAUCGGUGAAAAUCGAUGGGAACAACAAGGGUGAAGUGAUCUUGGAGCUUCGUGUUAUCGCGAACCAUGACACUGUUUGAAUAAAUUUGUAAUAAAAAUUAAUGGAUUAAAUAUAGCGAGCAGCAGGGAAAUAUCAUUGUAUUCUGGUAUAAAUUUUAAUAUCUUUUGUUAUUGACACGAGUAAUCUUGAUGUAUUUGUUUUGUUACUGAGCUUCGCUAUAUUUGGUCCAUGCACGAUAACAAUUAUCGAAAAAUCUCACUGAGAAUAAACGCAAAAGAUAAGAGACUCUAA